UACAAUAAAAUAAUAUACAAAUUAAUUUAUGCGAUAUUAAUUUGCAAAUAAUAAAACGACUGUUUAGAUCAAGUUGCAUUUAUUAAAACUAAUGAUGAUGAAUUUGUCGCGGUAAAUUAUUAGUACUUAAGAUAUUUAUAGAAUUGAAAGAAUAUAUUAUAAUAUUAUUCAUAAAAAUGUCUGAUACUCCUGAGGUUUCACCAACGGAACAUAAUAAAGAUAUUGUUGAAGAUCAACCAAAUAAAAAUGGAGAUGGGGAUGAUGAUAUUUCCGCUAAAAUGACCGCGUCAUAUAGUGAGAUCUCAUUUAAUUCUGAUAAUGGUCAGAAUAGCGAUAUCAAAGCACCUGGUCCUUCCAGACCAUACGAUUUACCAUCAGAAAAUCGUAAGCAAGAAAAAAUGCCCUUAGACUUAGAUGGCCAUGUUCGUUAUGUUGGCGAUAUGACUCAUUAUGUGGCUGACGAUCUAGAAUUUAAGAUAAAACUAUCAAGUCCAGUAACUAAAAAAGGUGAAACACCAGUAUUUAGUAGUUCCAGUGCAUCACGCUCAAGUACACCUUCAGGAAAAUUGUACAGGCAGAUACUAGCACCACAAAUUGGACAGAUAGAUAUUACUGUUUUGAACGAUUUGGAACAUGAAGCUCAAAAAAUUGCGCAAUCUGUAGAUAACCUUAUAGAAAAUUUAUCCAGUAUUUUACAUUCCAAUUCUUCAUUGACCGCUGGAAAUAUGGAGGUAUAUAAGGAUGCUGUAGGGAAAACUUGUGAUGCUAUGGACAAUAACAUUAAAAGUAUGUACACUAUACUAGCAAAAGGGGAAGAAGUGUCGCAAGCUAUGAUACCUGUUCAAGCGCAAGCAGCUAGAAUAGCAGAAAUCAAGAGAUUAUUACAAAUAUUUGAAAGUUAUUUUUAAUUUGUUAUGAAAAUGUAUUGGAGUGUGUUAUAGCUUAUAAAUGUAUAGUUUAAAUCUGUGUGAAAGCUUUUAAUGUAAUAGUUUAAUAAAUAUUUUAUCAUA